GCCCGCCGACGUUCCAAAGGCCGCGGACGUUCCAUCGGCAGCCGCGCCGGCCGGGUCCGGCUUCUCGGGGCCUCGGCGUCGCCGUCCUGCUCCUCCCGCGGUUCCCACGCUCUCCCGACUCUUCCCCCUCACGUGUCCCGGGCUCCCAGCUGGGGAAGGAGGGAGGGAGAGAACCGCUCGCUCGCUCUUUCCUUCUCACAUGACCCGAGUGUUUGUCCCCGUGAUCAGCGCCUCGGCUCCCGUGUCUCCUCCGCGUCCCCUCUACCUCCAUCCGGCGUGAGGUUUAAAACUCGUCCCCUCCUUCUCCCGCUUCCUCCCCCCCGCCCGUCCCCCUUGGGGCAAGCGGGGCGCCCCCUCCCUCUCCCUUCCCCCUCCCCCUCCCCUCUCCCCCCAUGGACAUGCUGGAGCCCGGUCUGGACACAGCCACCGCCUCCGCUGCUGCCAGCCACGAGAAAGAUCAAGAAAGCGAGGAGGGAGUUGAGCUACGGGAAGGGGACGGCACAAAUGCAGAUGAACAGACAGCAGUGGCCAUUGCCAGUGUCCAGCAAGCCGCCUUUGCAGACCAUAAUAUUCAAUACCAGUUCCGCACAGAGAACAAUGGAGGACAGGUGACAUACAGAGUAGUUCAGGUGACGGACAGUCAGCUGGAUGGACAAACGGAUGCAACGGGGGCCGUUAGCGUGGUCUCGACCGCAGCUUUCACCAGUGGCCAGCAAGCUGUUGCUCAGGCUGUGAUUCAGAACCCUUUCAGUAAUGGCGGGAGCCCAGCCACGGAUGCUGUCAGUGGCGAAGCCCGCUUCGCAUACUUCCCUGCCUCCACGGUGGGGGAUGCCACGGCAGUAUCUGUGCAGACAACUGAUCAAUCGCUGACACAAGCUGGAGGUCAGUUCUACGUGAUGAUGACGCCCCAAGACGUGUUGCAGACAGGAACACAACGUACUAUCGCUCCCCGCACCCAUCCCUAUUCCCCGAAAAUGGACGGGACACGAACACCCCGAGAUGAGAGGCGAAGAGCUCAGCACAACGAAGUUGAACGGAGGAGGCGGGACAAGAUCAACAAUUGGAUCGUACAGCUGUCAAAAAUCAUUCCAGACUGCAAUACAGACAACAGCAAGACAGGGGCGAGCAAAGGGGGCAUCCUCUCCAAAGCCUGCGACUACAUCCGGGAGCUGCGCCAGACGAACCAGCGCAUGCAGGAGACGUUCAAAGAAGCCGAGAGGCUUCAAAUGGACAAUGACUUGUUACGGCAACAGGUCGAGCAGCUGAAGAACGAAAACGCCCUGUUGAGAGCACAGCUUCAACAACACGGAAUUGAAAUUGUGGGGGACAACCCAGGGCAGUAGCCCACCCACCCCCGCCCCCCGGCCUUUGCCACUGCCUACAUGCCGAAUCUCAGCCUCCAGUUCUUCUGGGCCUUUUUUGUAAAGCGAACCCUCUCCUCCCUGCGGCAUUCCCACCCCGAAACCAUGGCCUCUGAAUGAACCUUGCCUCCCUGCUUUGCGUUUGAGGGUGGGGAUGGGGGGGUGGCAGUGGAGAGAGGGGAAUUGGGGGCUUUUCCACACCAAGUCUUGCUACUGCUCUGGAAGAUGGUGUCCAGCUUCCUCCCCACCACGCACACCCUUCUCCCCUUCUCCUUUCGUUCCUUUCCCUAGGACGUAUUAAGGUUAAACAGACAAAAUCCUGCAUUUUUUUAUAAUAGAUUUUUAACACGGGUUAGCGGAUUUCCCUCACCCUAUCCUGUGUGGGAUCUUGGGGAGGGGGGGGCGGGUGGAGGAUGCACACCCUUCAUUGAGCUUGGCUGUUUAAAAGGAAAAAAAAACCUGCUAGAUUCUGUCUUUACUUUUGACUCUUCUCUGCAUUUCAGCAUCUUGCUCCCGGCAGGCUGUCCCUUUUGGUUGCGACUGUGACGGGGGGGGUGGGCAGGGGGGAGCUCGGUUUCUCAGGUACGCCUGGCGAAAGGGCGGCGGGUCAGCUCAGCCCCCCCACGCAUGAGUCCACCAGUUAUUUUUAACAUGACCCGUAGAUGGGGUGCCCCCCCCCCCGUUCCACAGUGGGGUUAGAAACGGAAAAACUGAGCGUGUGCUGAUAGACAACGUUUGCGUUUUCAGGCAAGACACGUUCCUUUUUAUCCCUAGCGAACCCCAUCACAGUUCCUGGGGGCUUAACUUGCAAUCAAGCCAAUGGAAUUUUAGCUGCAUUUUGUCAUGGAGCAAACGAGGAGGAUGGCAGAUUUCUGCCUUUUGGCUCCGUCCUCUUAAACCACUCAGCUACCCGAUCAUUGUUCUGUGUUCUUUUCUUUCCCUUUUUUUAAGGCACAGGGGAAUAUCAUCCUGAAAUCUUCAGUCUCCUCCCUUCCUCUCUCUCUCUCCCCCCCCCCCCUUUCUUGUAAGUAAUCUUUAUUUUAUUAGUUUAAAAGCGCGUUUGUAUAGAGGUACGGUGUUUGUAUGAUAGCUGAAACCCGGGUUGUUAGGAAAGGCAAUAGUGGUGGAUCGAGUGACAACAGGGUUGCUUUUUUUGUGUGUGUUUUUUGAUAUUAUAUAAUUUUUUAAUUAAACUUCAGCAGUGUUUUAGGAUUUCAGGUUUAAAAAAAAAUCAGGAGAUGAGGUUUUUUUUAAAAAAAAGGAAAUCUCUAUUUUGUGUCCUUCCCUUCUACCCACUUCUGAACAGAAUUUUUUUUUAAAAAAACAGAGAAACAAUAAAUGAUUCCUAAAAUGGUAAAA